UUCAAGCCUCGUGAUGAUGACCGUUUCUACUAGUCCAGGCCGCCCUGUCACGGCGGAGCAAGAGGCGGCAGUCCGACCAUUGGCCCCCGGCAACAGCCAACGCAUGGACGCAGCCGAAAGCGGAAUGAGGCGGCGGAAACACCGGUGCAGCGCCGUUUGUUGCGGCGUGGCAACGGCGAUUGUUAUAACAGUCGCGGCGGCGGUGCUUGUUGUAUUGGCCUUUACGGUGUUCCGGGUGAGGGACCCUAAGAUCCGGAUGGAGUCCAUCCAGAUCGACGGUCUCAGUUCCCUCACCGCCGCGAACCCGGUUGACUCGAAUCUCAACGUGACCCUCUCGGCCCGGCUCGCUGUCAAAAACCCGAACGCGGUCUCGUUCAAGUUUGACCGGACCACGACGAGUUUGGUUUAUGACGGGAGGGUGGUGGGGGAGGCCGAGGCUCCUCCUGGGAAUGCCCGGGCCAGGCGGACCAUGACGUUGACCGUGACGGUCAACGUCAUGGUCCGGGAUUUGCUGGCUGGCGCGCCGUCGCUGUCGCGCGAUUUGAUCGCGCGACGAAUGCCGGCUUCGAUGUCUACUACCAUUCGUGGGAGGGCAAAGGUUUUGAUCAUAAAGAAGAGCGUGACGGUGAGAAUGAAUUGUAGCAUGGUUCUCAACUUGUCAAGCCAGGACAUUGAUGAUCUUGAUUGCAACAAAAAGCGUGUCGGGAUUUCUGUUAAAAAAGAAGCACUGGUGAAUUUCUUGACUGACCCGCUACAUUAGAGGGAAGAUCAACACUCAGAUCACCCGCUGCAAUUUUGGUUUUUUGAAUGGAUGGGUGGGAAACACUUGUGUGGAUUUGAUAGGGGUUUAUCCUCUUGUGAACUUGGGGGAUAGUAUUUUUACGGUGGCCAAGUUUCGUUAAAAGUUGAUUCAUGCAAAGUAACCAAACACGAGAGAGCGUGUCUCAAAAAUCAAAUGGGUUAGAUCUG